AGCAAGAAAGCACUCAAUAUUUAUGAGAACACUGGCAUCUUCACAUCCGCAUGCCAACAUGGUAUCAUGCAGAAGGUAUGCAAGAUGGUCCGCAGUGGAGAACUUGCCAAGCACAGUCUGGCAACUGUAGCCUAUCUCCUGGAUGUACACAGAAACAAUGUUGGUCUUGGUCAAGACACAGGCUGUGACUUCAGCAAGACUGUGGCUUCUAACCGCCUCCUUAGCAACAAGGCAUGUGCACAGAAUCUGAUGAUCUGUGUAAAAACAUUCCAUAGGUACGCUCACAACUGCCUCUGUCAACUCAAUUUCCACCCACUGUAUAUCCCUGGCUCUGGUCUAUCAGAUCUCAAGCAGAUGGAACACAUGUUCUUGGCCUCUAAUGACACCACCUGCCUUAUUUGCUACACAUCCACAUUUCAUUACAUGCAGGCUCUAGACUUGUUC